CCUCUAUCUCUUAGGUGUGGUGUUGACCCUGCUCUCCAUUUUCGUUAGACUGAUGGAGUCCCUGGGAGGCUUACUGGAGAGCCCGUUACCUGGGAGCUCCUGGACCACCAGAAGUCAACCAGCCAGCACAGAGCCCCCUAGAGCCUUCCAGACCAUCCAUCCAGAGGGGUGUGAUAAGACCUCACUCCACCGGCUAUAACCUUGGAACACCAGGCAGGGUCCGGGCAGGAACUGCGCAGGCAGGCUCCGAACAUCAGUAUUAUCAGAACUGUUACCAGGCCCUUGAAGGGCCUCUCCGUCUGGAUGCUCCUGUCCUGGAAAAAGAGCCUGUCCCAUGUGAACGGGUUGCCUAUGACUGAUGGAAUGAUGUCACUCUUCCCGGGGUCUGCUGUACCCUCUGGUGUCCUUGACAACAGUUCUCUGACAUCUCUUAGCUACGGGCUUGUGCUUCAUGUUCAGCCGUUGGGAGAUGGUGUCGUUUUCGUCCCUGCUUCCUCAACAUCUGCCAAGAGUUCCUUCGGACUUGCGCGUCUUAUAGUCACUAAGCCCGGGAGCUGGAUGGAUGUCUAUGAAGGUUCUACCACUGUGAUCCUCGGGGUGACCUCCUCAGUGCCCUCCUUGCCACUCCCCAACAUCCUCCUGAUGGCCAACGUCACCUGGCCCCAGGGUCAGUUUUCCACCUGGAGCUCACCUGAUUGUGCUCCAGUGGUCACCCUCAGCAGGAUUCUCCCCCUGAAGUUUGUGGAACUACAAAUCUGUGACCGGCUCCAACGCAUCCUGAGGGUUAGGACAGUGACUGAAAAAAUCUACUACCUAAGGCUCCACGAACACCACCCAGAGGCCGUAUUUCAAUUCUGGAUCCGCUUGGUGAAAAUUCUGCAGAAAGGUCUGUCCAUCACCACCAAAGACCCAAGAAUCCAAUUCACGCACUGCCUGGUGCCCAAAAUGUCCAACAGCUCCACCGAAAUAACACCUGAAAGCAGCCUCCUUCCAUCCGCCCAGCCCAGCGAAAGCUUCAUGCUGUUGACAGCCGAGCAGACCAGUGACAGUUUCUCGAAUAUCACAGGGAGGCCCCAGCUCACAGCGGACAGUAACACCAAUGUCGCCAUCAAAAUAGACAAUUUGGACAGCUCUAAGACCCCCUUGCGGGUGGCAUCUCCAGUCAAUUUGAAAAUACCCAUGAGAGCUGCCUUGAGCCACAGCCUCUGGGAACAAGGGAAUCCAGAUGAGCACUUCCUGCAGGCUCCGGUCGCCAGUUCCCUAGGAGAGAACUUUUUUGGACCCUGACACCUAUCCAGAACGGGGCGAUCUUCCCUAGCUUCAUUCAGUGCACUUGCCACAAUCUCCUAUCAAUGCUGUUUUCCCACUGUGGGCCAAAAGACCGUGGGAGAGGUAUGAGGGUGCUUAUAACACAGUGCUUUGUACUUCCACCAAUAAACCUCCAAGUGAGUUCCUA